AUGGCUAAAUCAGACAGCGCUGCAAAGAGAUUUACAGAAAUGCUGAACAACAAUAAGAUCGAAAAAACUUACAUUGCAAGAGUUCUUGGCCAGUUUCCACCAGAAAAGAAAAUUGUUGAUUUACCUAUUAUAGAAUCUGCCGAAUCUCGAGCUAAAAUGGUAUGCAAAGAAGGUGGGAAACCAUCUCAGACAGAAUUUGAACUUGUUACUACAAAUGGUAAAGAAAGUAUAGUUAAAUGUCAUCCAAUUACAGGAAGAACCCAUCAAAUUAGAGUCCAUCUUGCAUCAAUAGGAUUUCCUAUAUCCAAUGAUGUAUUUUAUGGUGGAACAACUGCUUCUUUAACUCCUGAAGAAGAAUCUGCCCUCAAAGAAGCAAAAUCAAGAGGUCUCCUCGCAGAAGAAAUCGAAGAAGAGUGGGUCAAUAAAGAGAUCACGUUUCAGAUCUAUCUCCGUUCUGUUCAUUACAAAUCAGAAUUGUUCGAUUUCUCGAUAGAUAUGCCAGAAUGGGCAAAACUUGAUUGA